CCGAGCCUGGGUCACCUUCAGCGCAGGGGCUGGUGCCGAGGGCUCGCUGCAGGGCCUGGCUGCCCGAGUGCCUCUGCGCCGGGGCUGUUUGUGGAGCUGGAGAAGCUGCCGGCCUGCACAACUGUUCCCACAGUUGGAGCGGCGUCCUGAGCAGUGUGUGGGUGGCACUGCUCCACCAACAUCUGUUACCUCAUGUUUUCUUUCUCGCCUUUCCGGGAAAGCUGACUGUUAACCGCACGUAACCCCACGGUUGUGCAAAAGAAGGGGGAGGCCGGCUGCAUCUCAGACUGCCCCGGGAGGGGGGUUCCUGCAGGACCGCCGUCUCUCCGAGGGAGGAAGGGCAUGGGGAACAGUGUGCUGGCCGUGCUCGCCUGCCCGUGCUCGGGUGGCAGACAGCCGGGGCCGGGGUCUCAUUCGGAUCUGGGUAACUUUCUGGACAGGUCUCUUUGGGGGAGCAUCUUUCUGGCGUCUCGCAGCUGCGCUCCCGGCCAGGAGGUGUGGCGUCCCGGCACAGCCGGAGAUGGCUUCCCGCUGGCCAAAGCCCCGUGAAAGGCAGUCGCUCUGGCCGGGGGAGCUACCUGUGGCUGUGUCAUCUCAGGGCAGCUCCCCAGCGCGCGCGGGCGCGUGUUUGUGCUCCACAGGACCGCUCGCUGAGCGCGAGCUGUUUACGUGCAUCGGACCCCAUGAUAGGCUUCUCCCUACCUCAGGACUUUAUUCAAAACAUCAUGUACUUGAUGACGAGAAGUUUUGUUUGAUAGGAAUGUAGCCUUUACCCUCGGUCAUAAGAGCUUGCGGUGCAGAUGGACUUUGCCAGGCAGAACACUCAUGUACUCCCACAGCCAGAUUGUAGGAGGGCAGGGAGAAGUCAUCUGAUAAAAGCGAACAUCCUGGCCAACUCUUCCAGCAAGAUUAUGUUGCUGACAAUUGCCAAGGGGCCCUGCUAGAACAUCCCGUGUUGGAGGCCGGGGAGAUGCUUCUCCCUCCGCUCUUGUGUAAUGAUGGGGGCAAUGCAGGGAGGAGGGUGAGCUCGGGCGCGAGGGAAAGGUGGCAGAAACCUGAGAGCUGCAGGUUCCUUGCGCUAAUCUGUCGUUUUUCUGUCUUGUCUGACUUUCAAGAGUCCAUCGUAGGGAACUGUAUGGACAGGAGUUCCCCCGGCCAAGCGAUGCAGGUGCCUGACCACAACGGACUGGGCUACCCCGUGCGACCCGCCUCCAGUGAGCACCCGCGGCCCAGGACCCUGCAGAGACAUCACACCAUUCAGAACAGUGAUGAUGCCUACGUGCAGUUAGAUAACUUGCCUGGAAUGAGUUUAAUGGCAGGAAAAGCACAGAGCUCUGCUCGGAUGUCUGAUGCCGUCCUCAGCCAGUCGUCGCUGAUGGCCAGUCAGCAGCUGCGCGACAGGGAGAGCGAGGAAUGCGGGGAGAGUUUGGAAGGUCAAGAGCAUCCCAACCUAGGUGAUGGCAACCAGCAUCUAAACACCUCCUGUUACCCAUCGACCUGUAUUACAGACGUCCUACUGAGCUACAAGCACCCGGAGGUGCCCUUUGGCAUGGAGCAGGCAGGGGUGUAACCAGGAGGGAGUUUUACGUACAGCUUCGAAACGAAAAGGUCCAUUUUAAACCAACAGUAUCUAGCAGCAUUGCGCCAAAUUGCCGUAGUAUUUCUGACUAACUGGAAUACCAUGGCCCCUUUCCUCAUAAUCAGUUCAUCCAGUGUGUCGUUCCUUUGGUUUCUUUAAUUUUUGCCAUAUUUGCCUGUAACUCCAGCUAUCACAGAAAUAACCAGAGAACCUGAGUCCUACAUGUCGGCAGAGGAUUCACGGAGCCUGAGCACUGAGUCUGGUUUGGAGGGCUUCUACUGACCAGGGCCAGGCGG